AUGGCAAACGGUGAAAAAAGGUUGAUUACAGAAGACAGAAUGGAAAGAAAGAAAGUUUCUAAACGACGACAAACGGGCACAACUGCUAAAGAUGAUAUUGAGUUAUUUCAAUCACCACCUAGUUCGCCGCUGCUUACCCCAAAGUCGUCGCAUUUAACAACAUCCUUAGAGGCGCCAUCUCAAUUACAAACACCUUUAUCAUCACCUCCAUCUUCACGUCCUCCUUCACCUAACCCUGUCGAUGUACCUUAUCUUACACCUUUGCCAACUUCACGUCCUCCCACGCCAACUUUUAUUAAAGAAAUAAGUAGUACUAAUGUCACUAUUAUAACCAUAGUCACAAAUGAUCAUAGCUUUAUAGAUGAUGAAUUUAUUAUUCCGGAUUUAGUAUUUCAACAACAGAAUAGAAAGAACGUUUCUCAUUUACCAUUGAAAGUGGUUAAUAGUUCCAUACCUCCAUGUGCUCGAUGCCCCCCGGAAAUAAUAUACCACAUCUUCGAAAUAUUGCAAAGUCUUCAUACAAUUAAUUUAAGUUUUGUUAAAGGCAUCACUAAUGGUUAUUUAACUAAAUUAUUAUCACCAUUUUUCAAUAAUGUACGUACAUUAAACCUUGCAGGCGGAAGUAGAUCUGACACUUGUUUAUCAUCAAUUAUACCAAAUUGUAGUAAAGUACAGAACCUUUCACUUGCAUGGAACACUUCUUUAUCUGAUGCGUCAAUUAACAAAAUUGCUACGAUAUGUGGAGAUAGAUUACGUACUCUUGAUUUAACAAAUUGUGAGAAAGUAAGUGAUAGAUCGAUGCAUUCAAUUUCAAAAUAUUGUUUAAAAUUAAGAGAAUUAAGAGUAAGUUAUUGUCGUGGUGUGAGCGAGGAAGGUGUGAGAGCUGUUUUUGAAGCGUGUGAAGGUCUUAGAUUAUUGGAUCUAGUUGGUUGUUUAGGUGUUGAUAAAUGUUUUUUAUUAAAAUGUAAUGAUGAAUUCGGUUUAUCUAGAAGAGAUUUAAAGGUAAUCUGGAGAAGGUUUACCGAUGGUAAUACUACUUGGACCGAUGAGAAUUAA